UUCCUCCGUCCACCACCGUGCGCGCCUCCCCCUGAUCCCCUUUCUCGAUCGCCACCACCUCGCCCAAAUCCCACGCGAAAAAGGCCACGAUUCGUGAUUUUUUAGAUUUAGAUCGACCGAUCGAUCGCUCCCUGACGACGGUCGGGCCGGCCGGUCGAUCGAUCGAUCUCCCCAUGGCCGGGAUGAGCUAUAGCUAGCUAGGCUGUGGAUCGAUUGGUCUGGACUGAUCCAAAUCAAUGGAGAAGGGGAAGCGGCGGGCGGUGGCGGCGGCGAGGACGAAGAGGGAGUUCCCCAUCCGGGCGGAGGACUACGAGCUGCUCGAGGCGAUCGGGGACGGCGCCACGGCCGUCGUGCACCGGGCCCGCUGCCUGCCGCUCGCCGGCGAGGUCGUCGCCAUCAAGAUGAUGAACAUGGCGCAGCGCUCCGAGGCCGACGUGAUCCAUGCCUCAGAGGAAGUUAAAACCAUGAGCACAAUUGACCAUGAUAAUCUUCUUGGUGCAUAUUGUUCCUUCACAGAAGGUGAAACCUUAUGGAUUGUUAUGCCUUAUAUGGCUGGUGGUUCAUGCUUUCACUUGAUGAAAUCUUCAUAUCCAAAAGGGUUUGACGAAAAGUUUAUAGCAUUUGUUCUACGUGAAACAUUAGAAGGAUUAGCAUACCUCCAUCGCUAUGCACUUGUACAUCGUGAUGUAAAGGCUGGCAAUAUACUCCUUGAUGAACAUAAAGGAGUGAAACUUGCUGAUUUUGGGGCCUCGGCUAGUCUUUAUGAUCCAAUGAUUAAUAGACAUGGUAAAAGAAAGACUCUCGUGGGGACUCCUUGCUGGAUGGCACCUGAAGUCAUGGAGCAAAAGGAAUAUGAUAUCAAGGCAGACAUAUGGUCUUUUGGGAUAACUGCACUUGAAUUAGCUCAUGGUCAUGCACCUUUUUCUACUCAACCUCCAGCAAAGGUGUUUCUCCUGACGUUGCAACAUGCUCCUCCAUCACUUCACAACACGAAGGAUAAGAAGUUUUCAAAGUCCUUUAAACAAAUGAUUGCCACUUGUUUAAUAAAAGAUCCAUCAAAAAGGCCAACCGCACAAAAUUUGUUACAACUCCCAUUUUUCAAAAAGGUUAAGUUUGAAGAAAAUAUUUUGAAAUGCAUGCUAAAUAAGUUGCCAUCAUUGGGCGCUCGAAUGAUAAGCAUAAAGGAAAAUGAAGCAAAGCUGCAGGCUGAGAAAAAACCUCUUGAUAAGAUCAAAGAGAAGGCAUCACAGGAUGAGUAUAUGAGAGGAGUUAGUGAGUGGAACUUUGAUAUAGAAGCAUUAAAGGCACAAGCUGCAUUGUACCCGGACGAGAAUGCUAGCUGUGAAGAUGACUAUUUGCGUUUUCUUUUUGAACUUGACACUAUUUGUGAAAGUGCCCCUAUACAAGAUGUUCAAGCACAAAAUUUGUCUAAGGAUGAAAUUGAAAAGUUACAUUUUCAGAACGAAAGCAAUGGAAGUACAAGAAAUCAAAACUCAGUAGACACGACACCUGUACUUCAAAGUGUGAAACAACUUGAGAAUAGAGGAAACCCUAAUGGUUUCGUGCGCCACGAGUCAUUUCAACUUCGAUCCAAAUCCCCAGCUAAGCAAAUCACAAGAGCAGUCUCCAAUUGCGCGGAUUUUGAUGAAUAUCUCAAAUCAGCCAUUCAAAAAGGUCGUUUUAAAGUAACAGUGGAAGGUGCUGAGGUUGAGAAGAUGGAGGCGGCUACACCAAGAGAAAAGGAAUUACUAGAACAAAUUGCUAGUUUGGAGCGAAUGCUCCAUGAUAGCCAAGAUGAGGUUCAACGGCUUAGAGAAAAGGAGAUAAAGGGAGCAAUGGCAUGCCAACAACUAGAAUAGCAAAGUGCAAGAGCAAGCCAAGUUUGGAAAAAAAACUAGUCCAGAUGUUUCUAUCUUGUUAGGAGGUUCUUGACAUAACAUUGAGCAAUGCCAAAGAUUUUAGUUGUGAUGAGUGUGUAGUUUUCAUAAAACAUUGGCAUAUUACUCAAUUAUAAAUGUAGUUUACCUACUAUUUGUUGUGUCCAAAUUAAUUAGUAGUGUAUCCUCGUAGUGCAAUUUGGUGUUUAUGAUCAUUGAUCAACCACAUGGCUAAAAUGGAAAAUAUGUUGAAGGC